GAAAGCAGCACACAGCUCCCACUCUGCUGUCUUUCGUCUACGCGUUUGCGUUUCCGCUUCUCUCUCUAGUAUUUAAAAUUUUCCUUCUGAGUUUUGGGAAAGACCAAAAUCCUUAGCCAUGGCUUUCAGCUUGAUUAGGCUGUUGGUCUUGGAUCUCAUCGUGGCCGCCCUUAUUCCGAUCGCUCUGUGUCAGUCUGAGGCGCCGUCGCCGGCGGCUGAUUCCUGCAACGGCAUCUUCUUGUCGUACGCGUACACCAGCGGAGCCAAAAUCCCGCCGAAUCUGAACUCGGAUCCGACUGAGCAGCCCUACAGAUUCGAGUCCACGCUCACUGUGCUCAACAAUGGGCUCGAGGAGCUCAAGUCUUGGAGGGUCUUUGUGGGGUUUCAACAUAAGGAGUAUUUGGUGUCGGCUUCGGGGGCUGUGCUCGCCAACGGUACUAGUCUUCCAGCCACUGUUGGAGGCGGCGUCAUUUUUGCUGGUUACCCUUCGACAGAUCUCAAGACGGCGAUUGAGACCGCCGGCGACACGACCCAGAUGCAGGUUCAGGUCCAGUUUGUGGGGACGCAGUUCGGAGUGGGGUCGCCGAAUGUGCCGAUGCCGACGAAUGUGUCGCUCGUUAACGAUGGGUUUGUUUGCCCUAAACCCACUAUGCAAGGGACAAGUGAGAUGCAAGUUUGUUGCACAAAAGAUUCAAACUACAAGUCAAACGUCUCCUCAGAUGAUGAGUUCCUGCCCCGACAAAACGGAGAUCUUACAAUAAUGUAUGAUGUGACCAGAACAUAUGAAAGCAGUUACUGGGCCCAGAUUACAAUCUCAAACCAUAACCCUCUUGGUCGUCUUGAUGAUUGGAAGUUAAGUUGGGACUGGAUGAAGGGUGAAUUUAUCAAUAGCAUGAAAGGGGCAUAUCCAGAUAUUGUUGAUACGACUGACUGUAUAUUUGGUGAACAAGGUCAGUACUACCAGGAUCUUGACUUCUCCAAUGUAUUGAAUUGUGAAAGAAGGCCAACCAUAAUCGACCUGCCUCCAACAAAGGCCAAUGACACUACACUCGGGUUGAUCCCUUUCUGUUGCCGGAAUGGUACAAUCCUGCCACCAACAAUGGACCCGAGUAAGUCAACUUCAGUAUUCCAGAUGAAUGUCUACAAAAUGCCCCCAGAUCUCAACCGGUCGGAGCUGAGCCCACCACAGAACUGGAAUAUCAGUGGGACACUCAACCCUGAUUAUCAAUGUGGUUCUCCAGUGCGUGUGAGCCCAAGCGAGUUCACCGAUACUAGUGGCUUGCCAUCAAAUUCAACUGCCGUUGCCAGUUGGCAAGUGGUUUGCAACAUCACACAGCCCAAGGGAGCAAGCCCCAAAUGCUGUGUAUCAUUUUCUGCUUACUAUAAUGAAUCUGUCGUUCCCUGCAAAACCUGUGCAUGUGGCUGCCCUAGCACCCCGAGCCAAACUUGUAGUACUACUGCUGCUGCUAUUCUUCUUCCAUCAGAGGCUCUUCUUGUUCCAUUUGAGAAUCGGACUGCUCUGACCAAAGCUUGGGCUGAACUUAAACACCUGACAAUUCCAAAUCCAAUGCCCUGUGGCGAUAAUUGUGGUGUCAGCAUCAACUGGCAUUUAUAUACAGACUACAGCCGGGGAUGGACUGCAAGGAUUACGAUCUUCAACUGGGGUGAAAGUAGUUAUGUCGAUUGGUUUGCAGCAGUUGAAAUGGACAAAGCAGCCCCUGGUUUUGAAAAAAUGUACUCAUUCAAUGCAACUGCAUUGGAUGGUGUUAACAAUACCAUAUUCAUGCAGGGUAUUGAAGGCUUGAACUAUCUUGUGGCAGAAACAGACGCAGCCAACCCAAAGAAGGAUCCUAGGGUGCCUGGGAAACAACAGUCAGUGAUCUCGUUUACAAAGAAACCCACGCCUGGAAUCAAUGUGGCUGGUGGGGCUGGGUUCCCCAGUAAAGUAUUCUUCAAUGGGGAGGAAUGCUCACUUCCAUCCGUCCUUCCAACAAGCAGUAGUUACAAGAAGAGCCCAGCUAUGACCAUUUCAGUCCUCCUAUUGAUUGUAGUUCUCAUGUUGAUGCAGCAAUAGUUGUGGAAUGGGGUUUGAAUUCUCGGAUACAUAGCCACUGCUGGAUUUCUUUAAUUCUUUCAAAUGAUUUGAUUGAUGAGUGUUGAGACAAGGGUUUUAGCAUUCCUUCCGGUCCUUGAUUACCAGAAGACAUCUACACUGCCAUUAGCAUAUACAAGUAGCUCUUGUGCUCUAAUUUGGAAGGGAAUUGUUGCCAUUGCCCAGCAGUUGUAAACCAUUAAUGUAGACCAUAUUUGUACACAGUAUUGGACAGGGCUUCUCAGUUUAUUCUUUCUGCUUUGUUUUUUUGUAUCUCCUGGGUGGAUGUUUUGAUGAUCCCUAUUGUUCAAUUGACUUGUGUCCUCGACACCUGAGUAGCUUUGGUGCCAACAAGUUUGAGAUUAUGUACAAACGGGGAAAUUUCAUUUGUGUUCUACCCUUGAGAUUAUUUUAUUUGUUAACUUUAUUCAGUUGAGCAACA